UGUCAUUUGAAAUCCAAACCUCACUCUUCAUCCACACAAUCACGAUACAACUUCGUUACUCAUUUUCUCUCUCUUCCAUUGGAGAUUUUUCGAGCUUUCUCUCUCCUCGUUGUCUGGUUUCACGAUUCUUCGGUUUCUGUUUUGAUGGUCUCCCUCAAGCUUUCUCUCUCCUCAACACAUCGCGAGCUUUCUCUCUCUUCAACACAUCGCGAGCUUUCUCUCUCCCCCUACAUUGCGAAAUCUUAUUUUUAAGAUAGAGAGACCAACAAGGAAACCCAGAUAGCAGAUAUAAAAGGAGAAAGGUAUUCAUGAAGCUUUUUCAAGUUGCUAAGAAUUUCAGUUGCUAUCAUUGGAACAAUGAAUUCCAAAAGACAAGGCAAAGAACCUAUGGGUCCUCCACGUAAACGGGGAUAUGUUGCGUGGAAUCGCCAAAUGGAUGUGAUUCUUACUUCCACAUUAUAUGAGCAAAUUAACGAAGGGAACAAGGGUGAUGGGGAUUUCAAGUCCCAAGCGUAUCAAGCCGUGGUGGACAAAUUAAGGGUUGAACUGAAUAUAUCUGUGACUGUGGAUCAUGUUAGGAACCGAAUUAGGGUUUGGAAGAGGCACUAUGCUACUAUUUCUGAAAUUCGAGCUUACACAAAAUUCAAGUGGGAUGAAGAAAAGAAGAUGGUGGUGAUCCCUCUAGAAGAGCUUGAUGAAUGGAAAAAAUAUUGUCAGGAAAAUCCUAAUGCCUCUGGAUACUUGAACAAGUGUAUUGAUAAUUGGGACGACAUAGUGACUUUGUUUGCUUUGGAUAGAGCAACCGGUGAUGGGGCAGAGCAGCACGAGGAGUCCGCUGCUGCUAUGGACACUGAAAUUGAAGGAGGGAGUACAUCGGAGACUUCUUCCGGAGGGUCAAACAAGAAGCUCAAGAGGGAUCGUCUUGCGGAUGCUGUUAGUAGUUUUGCGGAUUCUUUCAGAGAGUAUGUGAAUAAAGCGCAAGGCCCUCCGAAACCGAGUUCCCAAGAGAUAUACGACGUAGUCUCUAGCGUUCUUGGGCUUUCGGGUCAACAGGUGCUUCAAGCUGUCAAGAGGUUUGUGAAUGGGCCGGUGGAUGAGUUCGAUAUGUUAAAACAUCUACCGGAGGAGCAAAAGUUAGACUGGAUUUUAUUAUGUAUUAGUGAUUAGUAGUUCUAUUUUGUUGGUUGUAGGAUCGAAUUACAAUUCCAAACUUUAACUUUGUUUGCCAAACAGUAUUUGAAUUUGAAAUUCAACAUUUGAAAUUCCAUGAA